CUCCCCCUGGGAGCGGCCCCCGCGCCAUGGCAAGCGUGGUGGUGAAGACAAUCUGGCAGUCCAAAGAGAUCCAUGAGGCGGGAGACCCACCUGAGGGGGUCGAGAGCCGCGCCCAGCUGGUCCCCGAGGCUCCGGGGGGGGUGACCAGCCCUAUCAAGGGGAUCACGAAGAAAAAGAAGGCCGUGUCCUUCCAUGGGGUGGAGCCCCGGAUGUCUCACCAGCCGAUGCACUGGUGCCUGAACCUCAAGCGGUCCUCGGCCUGCACCAACGUGUCCUUGCUCAACCUGGCUGCUAUGGAGCCCGACUCCUCGGGCACAGACUCCACCACUGAGGACAGUGGUCCGCUGGCACUGCCAGGGCCACCUGCCUCCCCUACAACACCCUGGGCUCCAGAGGACCCUGACAUCACAGAACUCCUGAGUGGGGUCAACAGUGGGUUGGUGCGUGCCAAAGACUCCAUCACCAGCUUGAAGGAAAAGACUACGAGGGUUAAUCAGCACGUUCAGACCCUGCAGAGCGAGUGCUCUGUGCUGAGUGAGAACCUGGAAAGAAGGCGGCAGGAGGCAGAAGAGUUGGAGGGGUACUGCAGUCAGUUGAAGGAGAACUGCCGCAAGGUGGCGCGCUCGGUGGAAGAUGCUGAAAUCAAAACCAGUGUCCUGAAGCAGAACUCUGCCUUGCUGGAGGAGAAGCUAAGAUACCUCCAGCAGCAACUGCAGGAUGAGACGCCGCGGAGGCAGGAGGCCGAGCUGCAGGAGCUGGAGCAAAAGCUGGAGGCCGGCCUCUCCCGGCACGGCCUGAGCCCUGUCGUUCCCAAUCAGGGCUGCUCCGGCCCACCCGGCAGCCCCGAGGAGUCCCCGCGGCCGCGAGGCCUGGCCUCCAGUGGCUGGGGCAUGUCACUCCGGGCAGCGGAGGGGCCCUCGCUGACAGAGCAGGAGUUGCAGAAGGUCUCCACCAGCCUGGAGGAGCUGAGGAGGGAGGUGUCCUCCCUGGCAGCCCGGCGGCAUCAGGAGGAGGGGACACUGCAGGAGGCCCUGAGGUUGCUGGGUGGCCGGCUGGAUGGCUUCCUGGGCCAGUGGGAGUGGGCACAGCGGGAACAGGCACAGUCUGCACGGGGCUUGCAAGAGCUGCGAGGACGGGCAGAUGAGCUGUGUACUAUGGUGGAGAGGUCAGCAGUGUCUGUGGCUUCACUGAAGAGUGAACUGGAGGCCCUGGGCCCAGUGAAACCGAUUCUGGAGGAGCUGGGACGGCAACUUCAGAACACUCGAAGGGGUGGUGACCGCAUCUCGAACUUGGAUCGGUCUGUCCAGGGCUCCUGUGCCCGCUGUGCCAGCCAGGGGCAGCAGUUGUCCACGGAGUCCCUGCAGCAGCUGCUGGAACGUGCGCUGACCCCGCUGGUGGAUGAGGUGAAGCAAAAAGGCCUGGCUCCUGCCUGCCCCAGCUGCCAGAGGCUACACAAGAAGAUUCUGGAGCUGGAGCGCCAGGCCUUGGCCAAACAGGUCAGGGCAGAGGCCCUGAGCUCCACCCUUCGGCUGGCCCAAGACGAAGCCGUUCGGGUCAAGAACCUACUGCUGACGGACAAGAUGAGCCCGGAGUGAGGGCAGGUCAAGAACCUACUGCUGACGGACAAGAUGAAGCAGGAGGAGAAGGUGGCCACUUUGGACUUUAAGCAUGUGAGGAUGUGCACCCUCCACGACCAGCUCAGCCACCUGCCUCUUGAGGGGUCCAUGAGGGCUAUGGGGGGAGGAAGCACUGCAGGGGCUCUUUAACGUGGGAGCCCAGGCUCUGAACAAUAACAAUAAAUGGCCUCUCACACUGGCAUGAAUUCUGA